ACAGUCGAGCACGUCAUCAUGACGUGUGCACACCGCUUGCUUGAUAUUUCUUGCAUUUUGAUUUGUGAUUUCGGGUCAUUCUCGACCGAUCCUUCUAUCGAGAGUACUCCGGCUUCCAUGCAGCUUGUGGAACUGAACACGUAGCACUUGUCAUGGCAUCAGUCGGCACCGAGUCCUUUGAGCGCUUGGACGAUUCCGCGGAUUAUGUUGCCUCCUUGGAGCGGCGCCUGCGCAAAAUGAAUGGUCCGGCACCUAGGUCAGCAUCAAAGUCUGCGUCUCGCGCUGCUGCACAAUCCAUGCUGUCAUCGCUAGCAGCAACGCGCCAGGAUCAUAUGCACCACUUCCUGUCAGCUGACUCAGCAAAUCCGACGGCAGGAAGCAGUGGCGGAGGCGGUGGUGCUGUGCUGGCUUCGUUCCAACCUCAGUCGGACAAUCUUGGCAUCGAGGUUGCCGGGGAGCCCGAUCGUGACCUGGGCUGCUGUGCAUGCUGCUUUCCCGUCUACAAGAUGGUGUUCCCAUCCAAGGUGUCGGUCAGUUCAACGGAACGGCGGCAUCUCGUGGACUCUGAUGAGCUGCAGCUACAAUACGAGCAAGGCAAUGCGGAGGACAGUGACUCUUCUGGAUGAUGCCAAUCAGCCACCAAUAUACAUGUACUAUGCUCUUAGCCUGCUGACAAUACUCACCUCUGAGUAACUAGAGUGGUGACGUGUUCGAGCGCGUGCCUACUUGGAAGCCUGAUUUACCUUUGGCAUUGCCAGUUGAAUGCAAGCUACAUGUAUGAGAUCCUCGGCACGGCUCGAUGUGUUUUUGCAGAUGAUGUAGCAGUGGUACAUUUCCCAAGUGCUCGUCGACAUACCAGCGCCGUUGGUCAAACUACACUGCUGAUACUUGGAGGCCAAACCAUUGAGUCCAACUCUAACGGCCCCCAGAAGUCGCUGGUGCGCCCGGCCAGUCUUGCCGCUGCCUCUGUGUUCCUCCAGUUAUAUCGUGCUGAUAUCGUGCUGACACGCUGCUUUGGGGCACGUUUCUCCCGUUGACAUCACAGCAGGCCGGUGAGCUUAUGCUCCCCACCCAGCCUGCAGUGGCUGCAGGUGUUCCUCUUGCAAUCUUAUCUGGAGAGAACGAGAAGCUGCUCUUCCCCAGGAGGGAGCUAUCAGCCAUGUAAGCAUACUUUUGUAACUCAGCAGGGUGUGUUGAUGGGUUUUGUUUUUUAAAGGAUCCUUGGCUCAUUUGCUGUCAUUAGACUGUGACUAGUGAGUGCAGUACACACUCUUUUUUUUAAUUAACCUUUCUAGUUCUAUCACACUACGGUACGGCACUUGACAGUUACCCUACAUACACAAGAAUUAUUAUUUUCAAAUAUCCAUCUAAAUGUGUUUUUGUUUUUUGUGCUUCUUUUUCGUUCUUUGGUGGGGGGUUUUCAAAGUCUUUCCCGGUAUCAAUAUUCCGUUGUUCAGGAAAUGCCACGCCAACAAACAAAGGGCUUAUAAACUGUCAAAACCUG